AUGACAACAACAUGGAACCAGUGCACACUACAAGAUCUGAUCUGCACUGAGCAAAGAGAAUUGCUGGAACAUAAUGAAGAGUUUCAACUGAAGGAAAUGGAUCGGUCGCCGUCACGUUCCAGCUGCAGUGCAUCCUGUGUGAAACUCUACCUGUGCUCCAAUCCAGAGGACAGUGCAGUCGAGCACCGAGUUCUACAAGAGGACGUGUUCCCGAGACUGAGAGAGUUCUGCAGACACAAACAAGGUCUGGACGUCAGGCUUGUAGACCCGUAUGAAUCCAGCGAUCCGGCUCGUUGGCCAGACGAAUACAGCAGACAGCAGCUGAUAACAGAGUGCAGAGAGACCUCAGCAGGACCUUUCUUACUGGCACUAGUUGGUCACCAGUACGGCACAGGCAGCCUGCCAGCUCAGGUGGAGGUGUCAGAGUUCCAGCAGCUGCUUCAGGAGGGUCAGCAGGCGAGCCUCCACACACAGGAGCUGGAGAAGGUUUACCUUCGGGACGAGAACACAGUUCCUCCUUCCUACUGCCUGAGGCUGCUGCACAGACAUAACAGCUGUUCUCAGGAGGAUGAGGAGAGAAACAUGAAGAACAGAAAUCAACAGCUGGUGGUGCUGUUUCAGAGCGCUGUGAGUCUGUGUGUCGACAGAGGCGUUAUGAACCCACAGAGAGCCCGUUUCUACCACACGUCAGCCCUUGAUGCAGAUCUGCGAUUCGCUCUGCAGAACCGCCCUCAUAAUGACAUCAUCAGACGCUGCCUGGUUUACGUCCACAAGGUCAUCAAUCCAACAAGUGAAAGGUACAAAGAGAAGAUGACCUCGCGACUGCAGCUGGAUCAUCUGUCAGAGAUUACUGCCUUUGACCACAUCAACAACACAGCUCUCACUGCUGGACAGUUAAUGUCAGAUCUGUGUGACAUCUUUCUGCCGGGCCUCAUCGCCUCCUGCCAGCUUCCUGUCUAUAGCACCACCACCGUAUGUGACCGUCGCUGUGGUUACACUGCAGGCAGGAGGCGCUGCUAUGCUCAGUCGCUCGGCCAGCAGGUGUAUACUGACCUUGUGGGGUUGAUUGACAGCUCUGUCAUCCCAGAAACAGAAGGAUCAGUGGUGGCCAGUGGCGGCUCGUGCCUCGGCUGCACUUUGGCCAGAGAGCGGUGUGAGCAGGAGGAACUGUGCGCCACCCUAUCUCACUUCUAUGAUGUCAUUCUACCAGAGGAGCAAAAGGUGAGGGCCUAUGUGCAGCAUAAAGAUAAACACUGCCCACUAGUGGUGACAGGAGGGCCUUGCAGGGGGAAGACGGUGCUGCUGGCACGCUGCAGUCAGCAGAUGAAGUCAUGGAUGGAUGACUCUGAUCCUGUUGUGAUCACUUACUUUUCCAAUCUGUCAGUUGACCCGUCACCUAAGCACCUGUUAUCUAGCCUGUGCUAUCAAAUAGCUGGAGCUUAUCACACUUGCUUUUCUAUGCAGGAUCACAACCUCAGCAUCAGUCCUGACCUGAAUCACCCCAGCUGCAUCCUUAACCCCUUCUACUUUGAUUCCAGCUGUAUCCCUCCAUCUAAUCUCAGUCCUCACUAUGAAACCAAGACCAGAGGCCAACUUUCUUUCUCAAAUCAGCGUCUCAUCUUUGACUUUUGGCUCAACCCAAACUCCUGUUUUAAACCUGACAUUAGUCUGUUUGAUCUUAAAGAACAUCUCUCAUCUCUCCUCUGUCUCCUUCCGUCUCCUAAGAAACCUUUAGUUCUGAUUCUAAAUGGCCUGGAUCAGAUUGAAAACAACCACAGUCUUCAAAUCAUUGGUGCCCUCCCUUCGCCCCUCCCUCCGAGCGUCAAACUAAUCCUCUCCAUCUCCUCAAACCGAAUGCAUGCCUUACAAGCCAUCAAACUACAUUACCCACAGUGCAGUGGGACGGGAUAUGAGUGUGUACAGCUGGGGUCUGUGGACAGAAGAGAGCGCGGGAAGAUGUUGGCGUCAUUGUUGAGCGUUUCGGGUAGAAGAAUAACAUCGGGACAACAAGCGCUGGUGAACCAGGCUCUUACCUCCUGUUCUUUACCGCUCUACACAUGCCUGCUGCACGUACAAACCUCCCUCUUGCACUCCGAUUCAGAGGUGACAGCAGCAUCUCUUCCUGAUGGCGUCCAUUCAUCCAUAUCUGCACUACUGGACCACCUGGAGCAGAAAUAUAAUUCCCAUCUGCUGGGUCGCGCUGUUUCCUACCUUACUCUCUCCAGGAAUGGGCUCACGGAGGGCGAGCUCGCAGAUCUGUUGUCCGCUGAUGAUGAUGUGCUUGCUGAGUAUGUUUGUCGGGGUGAGGAACCAGACUCCAAGACUCGGGUUCCUCAAGUUGAUGUGGAGAGGCUUCUGCUGGACUUAAGAAACUUUCUCAUUAGGAGGACAGUUGCCGGGUCGCAGGUUUUGUUCUGGGUGAGUAGACAUUUCAAGUUGGUUGUGGGCAAGAGGUAUUUACUCACUGGUGAGGUGGGGAGGGGGAUUUAUUCUCAGAUGGCUGACUAUUUUGGUGCAAGAACACUUUUCUUGGACCAGAAACCAGACCCCAACAGUGGCGGUGCUCAGGUGGAAAUGCAUAUGGAUAGGCCGUCUUCCAGGCGGACCUUUGAUUCCACGUCUUCCAAAGAGGUUGUCCAGUUGAACUGUAGAAGGGAGAUGGAACUGCUCCAUCACUUGCAAGAGAGUAACAGGUGGGAGGAGCUGGAGCACAGCCUCAUAAGGUCAUUGGAGCUUCACCAGGCUAUGGUUCAAGCUGGUCUCUUGGAGGAUUUAGUAGCUUUGUUGCAGAGGGAGGAGAACGCAUCCAAAUUCUUCUUAAAGGAGCGAGGCCUCCUGGCAAACAUACUGAGGUCUUCUACCUGUUUGCUGCACAGUUUCCCCCUGCAGCUGCCCACAGUGAUGGAGUCUGCACUUCUGCCUUACCUUGGGGUCUUUCCAGCACUCGAGGACUACGUAAAAAAAAUCCAAUGGGAAAGGAGGAAGAGUUGCAAAGGAAUCGGAUUGGUGCUUUGUCCCGCAUCCUCAAAUGUGCCGCCCAUUCAUUGUUUACAACGUGAUGCAAACACCAGAAAUGUCCUUGUCACAGAUGCAGCUGGGACAGAGUGUGGUGUUGUCAUUGAAGUUCUGGAUGAUGGUUCAGCAUGGAUUUGGAAAAGCCCCAGUUGUGGUUUAGCCAAACUGUCACUGAGCUGUGAGCAGAAUGAGCUGCAAUUUGCGGGAGUGAAAACCAGUGAACGAUUCGUCCUGUUCGUCACGCGCUCCAACAAACUUUUCUUCUGGGAUGUAAUGGGUCCGGAGAUCCUUCUGGAGAUAAAGGACCCUUUAAAAACAGAGGAGGAUCCAGAAGAAGACACAACAAGCAACAUAGAGGGUUUUGUUGUGCAUCAGCAAACGUUAUGUUUGUGGCAGAGAGGGGAGCGCUUUGUGAGCAUGUUCGAUACCUCCAGCAGUCAGAUGUUGAGCAGCUUUGAGUGUGGGAGCUCUGUGACCUGCCUGGUUUACUCUUCUGAUGGCGCUUACAUCUGCUGUGGGCAGGAGGACGGCACAGUGUCCAAAUUUGACACCAGCACCAGCAGUCUGAUUGGUACCUCUUCAGUCUCAAACCAUAGUGCCAUUAUAGCAAUAAUCCUGUGUGAGAAUAAACAGGAAAUGACAAGUGUUGACCAAACGGGGACCUUAAGACUGUGGGAUGUAUCAUCUGAAAACCAGCUGCCCACUCUCGUAAAGCAAAGCCCGACUGUGACGGAUACUAAUACAAUCAUCAGUACAGACUACGCUGAUCAAAUCCAUACUUUAUUGGUCUGUGCACCGAAACAGGUUGCAUUGUGGGAUACAUGCGAGUGGGAGCUGUUGGACCAGUUCCUGGCUCCACCGGGGACUGUCUUCACCCAAGCUGUCCUAUCCCAUGUUGGCCACCUCAUUUUGGCCUUGCUGGACACAUGCCCCCUUGUCAUGGUGUGGCGGGUCAGCAGUGGGAACUGUGUUCCUUCCUUGGAGACGGGAACUAGCACACAGCCACUGAUGCUCCUAAAAACAGCCACCGAUGUGAUAUGUGUCACUCAGAAUGGAUCCCUCACAGUGUGGGACUCCGAGAUGAUCCACGUCGCGGGUACACUGCCGAAAAUGAAGUCAGGGGUGAAAGAAGUGGUGGUUGAACUCACAGGGGAGUUGUUCUACACCGCUGAUGGGUCAGAGACUGUGUGGAGCUGGAGUGUAGAAACGGGACUUCCACAUGCCAGCUUCCUGCAUGACGGUCCAGUGGAAAAACUACGGCUUUCUCCGGACAGUAUCCACCUAGUGACACUGUCAGGUGAAGAUAUUUACACCUGGCAGACAGAAACGGGGCAGAACCUGUUGCGUAUCCAUGGCAGCAGAGCAUCAGAUAUCCUGCUCACCCCGAACAAUAAGUUUGGCGUAAGUGUUUCUGAACGAGGGCUGACUCGUGUUUGGAAGCUUGUGCACGGUGAUGUCGUUUGCAGCAUUCACCUUUACCUAUCUGAUGCGCAGGUGUCACCUGAGAGUACAUUCCUUCUUGGUUGUUGCCAUGGAGACCUUCUGGCUGCCAGUCUGUGGUCAGGUUCUAUCAACAAGCGUUUCUCUUGUCCGGAAAACUCGGAGAACGUCAUCGCCUUCCACCCGCUUUCAGGGCAUCCAGAUUUUGUGGUGGCGAUGGCCGACUCGGGCGCAGUGUACACUUGGAAUGUGGCGGAGGAGACGGCGUGCAGACACUUCCAGUUGCCUUACAUGUUUCGCUGCCAGCUGCUGGACUUCCAGAUGUCCUCAGAUGGGAGUUACGCGCUGCUUUCCACUGAUAACGACGCAAUCACCAUCUUAGAUCUGUCUGUGGGGAGGCUGUGCUUGUUUAGAACCAACGGUCCCAUCACUAAAUCCUGCUUAGACAAAACCGGACACUACGCCGCCUACAUAUCCCGUCAUUCCAGUGUGUGGCCUGGCUGUGCUUGUCACCUCCACACCAAAACCGUCCUGACGGUGCUUCGACUGGCAGAUGGGGAAAGACUCGGAAGUGUGAUUCUGUCAAAGAAUCCUUUGACUCUAGUUGUAUGUGAGCAGCAGAGUGUGUUUGUGAGCUUUGACGACGGAUCUGUAGGUGUGUACUCUAUUUCAGAUGCCAAGAACAGUGUUGGGGAGUCAGUCAGUCGUACAGAAAGGUUGAAUCAUCAGAUGAAGCAGUGCCCCUGUGACACAGUGCCCUUCACGUGGUUACCGCUAACAACCUACAAUGUCAUAUGGCUGUAGUUGGACAUCAGUAAUUCUGGAUGGACUGUUCCAUGUGGUACUUUAUGGUAAAUCUUUCUGAAGUAGGCAGUUCUGAAAAGGUGAGUGACUAUGUAAGAAGGAGACAUGUGAGGGAAGCCACCAAGAUAUCCAUGAGAACACUGAAGGUCUUGUAGGUUUCUCUGGUUGUGAUUGGUGAAACUGUACAUCUUUCUGUUGCAUCACCAGUUA